AUGACCGUCUACCUCCGCCCGAGCUCUGCUCUUCCCCGAGCCUCUCCUUCCGCCCUUCUCCUCAGUGCUUCCAUCCCCCGCACGGCAGUACUGUCACGCAGCUAUGCCACUCACAGUGAUCUCGGGGGGAAUUCUAGCACGCAGUCGACUCCUCGCCGAAGGAGAGUCGGUGUAUUAUCAGACGACGGGCGAUACGAGUGGGGGGAAUUGAGUGGAAGGGAGAAGGUUGCGCGCGCGACGCAGCAGUCGUUGAAUUUUGUGGUCAUCAUUGCGGGAGCCGUCCUUACGGGCGGAGUGUUCUACUUGCUAUACUCAGAGGUCUUCUCCCCCAACAGUCGGACAUGGCAAUACGAAAAGGCCGUUGAACGUAUCAAGGAUGAUCCGCGCUGCACAGAUAUUCUUGGAGAUCGGAGGGAAAUCAAAGCUUAUGGAGAAGCUACUACUAGCCGAUGGGCGCGGAACAGACCUAUUGCGACAUCCUUGGAGAAGGACCGUCUUGGCCGCGAACACCUUCGGAUGAACUUCCACGUCGAGGGACCUCGCAACUCCGGAAUUGUAUUCGUUCAUAUGAUGAAGCCACUUGACAAGAAUGAAUGGGAAUACCAACUUCUCGCGCUAGACGUUAAAGGCCACUCGCGAGUAAUAUUGGAGCAAGCCCAGGAAAAGCCUGGAGUCGGCAAAGCCUUGAAGAUCUUCGGUAUUCAGUGGCGGUAA